AUGUCGAAAGCCUCCGAACUCGAAUCCUUGGGAAACGACCCAAAUGCCAGCCCGUUGAUGGUGAAUAGCGAUACAGAAACCGCCGUCGUGGAGGAAAACGAGGUAAAGAAAUCACAGCCGACUGUCCGAGAUAACAUCUUCGCCUUUUGCAUCGUGUUCUGUCAACUGGUUCAAGCUAUACCAUACGGCGCAGGUCUCGUAGCCGCCAUUGGCAUUCCAAAAGAACUGGGAGCACCCGAGAGCAAGAGCGUCUGGAUCGCAGCAUCAUACCCACUAACCCAAGGCGCAUUCGUCCUCAUAGGCGGCCGCAUCGGCGCCGUCCACGGCCACAAAAACACCAUGCUCGUCGGCGCCUGCAUCUACGUGUUAUUCCACCUCAUCACAGGCUUCAUGCGAUCCGCAGACACCGUCAUCGUCAUGCGCGCCCUCAGCGGCGUCGGCGGCGGAAUCAUGGUCCCCAACCUGAUUGCCAUGCUAACGAUUGCUUUUCCACCGGGCCUGAUGCGAAAUAUCUGGGUUGGCAUGUUUGGUGCCAUGGGUCCGGUUGGUGCUGCUGGCGGGACUGUGUUUCCUGGCUUUUUUGGGCAAUUGACGGAGUGGUGGUGGCUAUAUUUCUUCUUGGCCAUCUUUGGAGCAGUCGUUUUUGGCGCAAGUUCCUUCGUCUUGCCUCCUGACGGCAGACCUAUGGACGCAGAUGGGACGGUUGACUAUGUCGGUGCCUACUUCGGAGUCGCUGGCCUCGUCUUGUUCAAUUUCUCCUGGACAGAAGCAGCUGUUGUGGGUUGGGAACAGUCCUACGUCUACGCUCUUCUCAUCGUCUCCAUCCUACAUUUCGUCCUCUUCGUCAUAUGGGAAGGCAGGUUUGCAAAAGAGCCCAUUCUCCCCCUCGAUAUCUGGGGAGCCCCUUCAUUCGGACCAAUGGUCUUGUCCGCCUUCAUGUCCUUCAUGGGAGUCGGCAUCUUCCUCUACUACGUCCAAAUCUGGAACAUUUCCAUCCGCCACUAUUCCAACCUCCUCACCGGAGCAGUCAACUCUGCCUUUGCCACCGUUGGCACCCUUGGCUGCUUCGUCAGCGCAAUUGCCGUGCGAUAUCUCCCUGCGCAAGUAGUCAUGGCAACAGGUGCAAUAGCAACGGUGGUCGCUACCAUCAUCCUGGCUACAAUGCCAGCACAGCAAACAUACUGGGCUCAGUGCUUUCCCGCAUUCAUCAUUAUGGGAUUCAGCCCCGAUUUCAUCUUUACGGCGACACAGAUCAUUACUAGCAACAGCGUCCCACGGAAGCACCAGGGAAUUGCUGGGUCACUAAUGGGCACCAUCCAGAUGUACGGUCUGAGUACCGGGCUGGGAUUCGCUGGAACGGUUGAACGGUAUACAAACAACGGCGGCCGUGACCAACUCGGAGGCAUUCGGCAUGCACUUUACCUUACAAUUGGAAUGGCGGGCGCUUCUGCAUUGAUAUCUCUGUUUCUUAUCCGGAUACCGAAGGAUCAACGUGAUGGAUGGGAUAAGGAAGAUGAGGCAGCAGCGUAG